AUGGUCUCACAUGCCCAGAGGCCCUCGCAUGCGCCCUCCAACUCGCGCUCCUCGCAUCCCUCGUCCACCACGCCUGGAGGCCACUCCAAGAAGCCCUCGUCAUCUUCCUUGUCCAAUCAAAAUGGCCAUCCUCGCGACCAGCGCCCGAGCAGAGAAGGCACCGCCCAAAAGGCCGCCCAAGAUGUCGCCGGCCUCAAGGACUACCAGCUGGGCGACUGCUUGGGCAAAGGCGCCUUUGGCAGCGUCUACCGCGCCCUCAAUUGGGGCACUGGCGAGACGGUCGCUAUCAAGCAGGUCCGCCUCGAAAACCUGGGCGCCGCAGAUCUCAAGAACAUGGAGAUGGAAAUUGACCUACUCAAGAACCUCAACCACCCCAACAUUGUCAAGUACCAUGGCUUCGUGAGGAGCUCAGAGAGCCUGUAUAUUAUUCUAGAGUACUGCGAGAAUGGAUCGUUGCACAGCAUCUGCAAAAACUUUGGAAAAUUCCCCGAGAACCUCGUCGCGCUCUACAUGUCCCAGGUCCUGCACGGACUUCUCUACCUACACGAGCAGGGUGUCAUACACCGAGACAUCAAGGGUGCCAACAUUCUAACAACAAAAGAGGGCUUGGUCAAGUUGGCCGAUUUUGGCGUAGCAACAAAGCAGUCGGGUCUAGACCAGUCGAGCGUUGUGGGCACGCCCUACUGGAUGGCUCCAGAAGUCAUUGAACUUUCUGGCGCCACCACUUCGUCAGACAUAUGGAGCCUCGGAUGUACCGUCAUCGAGCUGAUUGAGGGAAAGCCGCCGUACCACAAACUACAGCCCAUGCAGGCCCUAUUCAGAAUCGUCAAUGACGAGCACCCGCCAAUCCCUGGCAGCGCGUCUCCACUUCUGCGUGAAUUUCUCAUGGAGUGCUUCCAGAAGAACCCCACACUCCGUAUCUCUGCCAAACGUCUUCUCAAGCACCCGUGGAUCCUCAGCGCCAAGCGCACUGUCCCCGCGGUACCCACAAAACCUACCGAAUACCAAGAAGCAGUCAAGUCCGUGCAAGAGUGGAAUGAAGCCCUAAAGUCGCCCAAUUCACUACGUAGGACUUCUCGCUUUUCUGGUGUACAUAGGUCCUCUCCUUCAGCACCAAACGGUCCCGGCGCAGUGUCCCGUAGGGCAGCGGUCAAUGUCAACCUCAACAUAUCAAAGCACAGACCUACCGCAGAGUCAUUCCGUUCUCCCGAGCUAGAUCACGACGAUAAUUGGGAUAAGGAUUUUGCUGAAAGCAUAUCCCCCCGUGCCCUGCAGAUGCCACACCUCAAGCCCCAGGAUAACUUUGGUGGUCUCUUCUCGGGCGACAGGCUGAAGGCCUUUGCCAGUUUCGAGUCGGUCACCGAAACGGCGGAUUUUGGGGAUGGAGAAGCUACGGUAAAGAGCCCAAAGAGCAUGCAACAGUACCAGAGUCUUCCAAAAGCGCCGGGCCAGAGAGGAAGUGAAAGAGCGAACAGAGCAAGCGCCAAAUCUAGCAGCACUGGCCGAUCUUCAAGGUCAGCAUCGAGUGCCACCGAUUCAGAGUUUGAGGAUAGGCACGAGGUACAGCCAAGAACGGCAUUCCUUCGCGCAACACCACGGUCCACGCAGCCUCUCAGGCCGAGGACUGCAGCACCAGCGCGGCCCAGCCAGCUAUUCCGUGAAGAUACUAUUGAGGACUAUUCGGAUCUUAUGCCAGCUGACGAGAAUGCCUUUGCACGCAAAUUGGCGUCAAUGCAGUACGCUCAACCGCCCGCUAUGCAGCCCAAGCAAGCAGCCGCUACCAACAACUCGCCGUCUGAUAAUUUCUCUCCCCGACUCUUCCAUCCAAGCGACUUGAGGGCAGGUCCAAAGUCAACACGAGACUUGAAGUCAAGUGGAAACAUUCACCAAAGAUCAUCGAGCUCGACGUCGAAUCGCAAGUUGCACCGGACACAAUCUGAGAUUGAAAUUCAAAAGUAUGCCGAGGAUGAAGGAGAUGACUUCUCAGAUGUCUUUGGUGACAUUAAAGGUCGUCUUGCUAACCCUACUCGAGCCGAAAGCGACAGUGGAAGUGAACACAGCAGUCUUGCCAUGAUUACAUCGAAAAUGGCAAGUUCGUUCACCAUUGCCGAUGAAGAUGAUCUUGAUCCAUUUGCCAACCUGGACGAAGGCCUUGACAACAUCAACCUGGAGAACAAUGUUGCCCGCGACCGGGAUGAUCGACUGACAAAGAUGACAGAAGGCCUCGUCGGUUGCUUGAAGAUCAGCCAGCCAGAUGACGAGCUUCUGGAGAUUGCAGACCAACUAUUGCAAGUACUAUAUGAAUCACCAGACAAACGGUCAAUCAUCCUGCGAAGCCAUGGUAUGCUGCCCAUCUUGGAAAUCCUCGGGACCCGGCCACACAACGAAGUAGUUCUACCACUUCUGAAGAUCAUCAAUCUCAUCAUCCUGGAAGAUGCCGAGUCGCAAGAGAGUUUAUCUUUCCUAGGAGGAAUCCCAACAAUCUGCCACUUUGCCUCCAAGAAGUUUCCAAGUGACAUCCGGAAAGAGGCUGCGGCGUUUGUGCGACAAAUGUACCAGACAAGCACCCUGACAUUGCAAAUGUUCAUUGGAUGUGGAGGUAUUAAUGUACUUGUCGAAUUUCUGGAAGAGGACAUUGACGCUGAACGCGACUUGGUGCUCAUUGGUGUCAAUGGUGUUUAUGGUGUGUUUGAAUUACAGGGGCCAACGCCAAAGAACGACUUUUGCCGCAUCUUCUCAAGAUCGAGCGUGCUGUAUCCGCUCAGCUUAGUCUUAAAUCGUAUGGUUGAGGAAGAUGGCGAGGUUGCACGACUCAUUGUGGGCAGAAUUGUUCAGAUUUUCCUCAUCUUCUCACAGGCAGAGAGCCAUGUCAAGGACCUUGUGGCGGAUCGGAUGAUUCUAAAGCGCGUUCUCAAAGACCUUCGCAAAAUGGCUCCACCACACCAAAUCACUAUGCUCAAAUUCAUCAAGAAUCUGAGCUCCCUCUCUUCUACCCACGAGGCCCUCCAAAACUCCAAUGCCAUCGACAUUCUUAUCGAUCUGCUAAAGGCUACUCGGCAAAAGGACGCACUGAGCCGUAGCCAGAGUCGAUCUACAUUCGACCCCAAACGGCUACCGCCUUUCCACCGCGAAAUCUCUAAUCAAAUCCUCAACACAAUGUACAACUUGUGUCGACAUAAUAAGAGCAGACAAGAGGAGGCUGCCUUGUCCGACAUCAUUCCCUUGCUCAAAGAUGUCGUGCGUGAAGGCGGACCUCUCAAGGAGUUUGCCUUGCCUGUGCUAUUGGAGAUGGUCAACUCUGGCAAGGUAGCACGUAAGAUGCUGUGGGAUGCAAAGGGUCUUGCGUUUUACGUAUCACUGUUGGGCGACCGCAAUUGGGCUGUGACUGCCCUGGAUGCCAUCUUCGUUUGGCUUCAGGAAGAGACAGCUCGCGUCGAGCAAUACCUCCUUUCUCCUCAAUCGAACUUCACGGCUGCCGUCAUCUCUGCAUACACCUCUGCCGAUCUGCCGCACUCCACGUUUGAGAACAUGCUGGAGCCUUUACAGAAGGUAGUCCGUUUAUCACCACCUAUCGCUGCUUCGCUUGCCGUGCCAGAGAUCUUCAGUCGCACUGAACAGAAGCUUGGGCACAAGGAUGCUGUAACGCGUCUCAACUUUCUUCGUAUUCUUCGCACAAUUUGCGAUGCAAAGGAUGAAGGAUGCUGGCUCGUGCGCGCUUUUGGCUGCUACGAGCGCAUCACCUGGCUCAUGGAACACGAUGCUGCCGUGCUAGUGAGGCAAAUGGCUGAAGAGCUUGUUCGGGCUUGCGAUGAAGUUGAACUCUCGGGUAUCAACAAAGGUUCCAACGGCAAGCGGAGUCUCAGUCGCGCAUCUACUAAUAACCUAAACCUACGGCGUCCUACUUCUUCAGCUGGCCGACGCGACGGCUCCGGCUCAAGUACAGGUUCUACUAUGAUUGGUAGCGGUAUGGGACUGACACCACCUACACCAAACUCCCUCAAGAACACAUUCAUGUUGCCGCCUAUGAAUGGCACGCCUACAUCACUAGGCAGUGGGCGCGACCGCAUCACACGCUCUCAGUCCUCGAAUGGAAUGUGGGAUCUCGCCGAAGACCCCACCACUGUCCUUCCUCCAUCUUCUGGUCGUUCUAAGCCACCAGCUCUAGCACGCAGCUCUACUUCCUUUGCUGCUGUUCCGGGCACACCUGCUGCAGCCCGGACACCAUCUCGUCCACCGUCUCGUGACGCUGCGUCUUCGCUCGCUCGUAUAGAAGCGAACAACUCCAACAGCAAAUCCAACUCUCGUCUCCCUAAAGCCCGCCAAGGACGUCUAAGUGAAGCAGUAAAUAGGAGACGACAAAGUACCGUUGGUGAAAAUGAUGCUCCCAUGAACGCAACACCAACCCCGACACCAACAAACGCUGCACCCCCUCUUCCGCGACUUCAAAUAGUAAGACGUAGGAGAGAGACAAGUGGUGGGGAAUUGAGUACCCCGGUGCGUAAAGCGACUGCGGAUUAG